AUUUUAUUUUAUGAGCACUACAUCAAUUCCAGCAGAACGUACACUGUUUGUUUCAAAAUACCCUCAAUAAACAACAACUGAAUAAUUAAAGAAAAUAUUUUCAGAAUUUGGGCAAAUUGAAUAAAUUGCAUCUCAAGGCUCAGGAGUUUGUAUUAUCUAUAAAGAAAAUCAAAGUGGUAAUUAAUUGAAAAUAUAAGUUCUAAGUUACUUCUGCUCUAUAAAAAGCAAUAAUUGUGAAUGGUGAAGAACCCUAUGUUUGUUAAUACUUAAAUAUAGCAUAGUUGGAUCAUGAAGCUAAUGUCUUCAUUGAUAAUAUUGAUAGAAAGGAGACCCAAUCUUCUCUUCGCUAAAUCUUUAGUUAAUUUGGAACUAUUCUCAGUGUCAAAUUAUAGAAAUCUGAUAAAGUAGGUGUUGCCUAUAUUUAAUUUGACAAAAAGGAAUCAGCUGAUAAAUGCAUAGCUGAACAAUCGAAAUUAGGAUUUAAGAUUUAGAAGUAUAUUUUUAAUCUUAUUUUUUAGGUUUACAUCUAGAAAAUAACACAGAGAUUAAGUAUAUAUAAGUAACAUUAAAGUGUUACCUAAUAUUACACCCGAUUAAUUAAAGUCUGAUUUACAAACAUUUGUCUCUUCUUUCGGAGUUGUAGAAUCACUUGUUUUGAAUAGAAAUACUACAAAUGGAACAUUUUUUGCAUUUGUAAAAUUUGUAAAUUAGGACAGUGCUAAAGCAGCAGUCAAAUCAAAUAAAUUAUUUAAUGAUCAAUAAAUUCAUAUUGAAUGGGUUGUAAAUAAUGUAGACAAAGAUAUAGAAGCAAAUUUAUUUACUAAAAAUUUGAAAGUAGAUAUUACAGAAGAUGAUUUAAAAAAAGCUAUCAAUAUAUUGGUUCCUAUUGAAGACAUUAAAUUGAUGCCAGCAAAAUAACCACCCUAUGGUAUAUAACAUUAAUUAUUAAUUAGGUAACAAAACACCAACCUAAGUAGCUUAUCUAUAUUUCAAAACAGCUGAUGAUGGUAAGAAAUUGAUUGCUUAUGCAUAUGACCAUCCACAAAUUGCAUCAUUAUAUGUGAAUGGAGUCAUUUCACUUUCACCACUCUUGCCACCAUCUGAAGUCAAUUCAUUACUUCAAGUUAAAAAAAAUACAUUUUAAAGAUAAUUUCAUUAAACUCCUUACUAAUAAUAUUAAUAGUAAAUGCCAACUCCUCAAUAUUAUUAACAAUAAUAAUAAAGAUUUCCUUAACAAUAACCUCCUAGAUAACAUCAUAAUGGAAAUCGCUAUCCCAAUUAGAAAAGACCCUAUUAUCCUUAACAAUAACAAAUUCCAGAUUUAACCUAAUUACAAAUUAUGGUUGAUAGAGGCUAAAAAUAGUAGGUUACUGAUUUGAUUGGAAUGUAGCUAUUUCCAAAGGUAACAUAAGUUGUUGGCCCUAUUAAUGUAUAUAAUAUAUUAAAUAAAGGCACCAUAAGUUACUGGUAUUUUGCUUGAUUUUGAAAAUUAUUAAUUAAGCGAUUAGGUUAAGAUGAUUCAUGAUUAAGCUUAUUUGGGUGAGAAUAUCAGGUCAGCACUUGAAAUUCUUAAAUGAGUAUGAGUUUAUUUUAUUUUUUGUAAAAUAAUAA